UGUUGCUGUCUGGGAAACUUAAGUGUCUGAUGACAUCUUUUAGUUUUUUCACACACUGACCACAACUUUGUUUCCCGCUGGUGUUAAAAGAACACAAGCACUGACUACUUAAACACAUCUAUCCAGGAACAAGGAACUAAAUAGUUUAAUGUUAGACGGUUAAAGAGCAAAAAUGUCUGAUGAUAUUUAUGACGAUGCCUUCUGGACAGAGACUGAGGGAAUGGAGAUGACAGUGAUUAUCUAUGAGAGUGUAGAUCAUGUGAGAGAUCAUGACUUCAGGACAGAGACAAAGAUACACCAACCACUUCAGCGUACAGGAAGUGAUUCAGAGAGGAUCAGAAGCUCCAGAUCAGCUGCAGUGUGUUUGGUUCUGCUGUGUGUUCUUCUGCUGACUGCAGUCAUAGUGCUGUGUGUCACACUCACUCAAGAGAGACAACAGCUAAUAUCCAAGAUUGAAAACCUGACCAAUGAGAGAGAGCAGCUAAUGCUCAAGAACACAAACCUGACCAAUGAGAGAGACCAGCUGAGAAAUGAACUUCAGGUUUACGUUGGGUGGACUUGCUAUCAAUCCAGUUUUUACUACAAGUCCAAUGAGCAGAAGAACUGGACUGAGAGCAGGAGAUACUGUACAGAGAGAGGAGCAGAUCUGAUCAUCAUAAACAACAGACAGGAACAAGAUUUUGUUAAGAACAUGUCUGGUGCUGCUAUAUUUUAUAUUGGUGUGACUGACAGUGAUGUGGAGGGCACAUGGAAAUGGGUUGAUGGCAGCACACUGGGCUCUAGUUUCAGCUCCUGGGUGUCCUAUGGACAAAUAACAGAGCCAAAUGGAGGAAGAGCAGAGAACUGUGCUGUGACUGUGGCUAAACCUCCACCAGAGUGGACUAAUUUAGUAGGGUGGAUUGAUGCUCCAUGUAAUAAUGCUUAUCAAUGGAUCUGUGAGAAGAGGAUUUCACAAAUCAAACUGCCAUAGAAACAUCACACACCUUUCUGACACAAGUUCAACAGUACAAAACUUGUAAUAACUUCUCAUCUAAAGCAGUAUUUCUCAACCUUGUACCCAGCAAAUGCCUACAACUGCACAUUUUGAAUAUUUCCUUUGUCAGACACCAAUUUCAUGUGCUGGAGUUUCUUCUAAUGAGCGGAUUCAGGUUGAGUCAGGUGUGUUUCAUUAGGGAGACAAACAAAAUGGGACUCCAGAAGUGUGUUUAAUUCAACCAGAAAUGUCUUGCAAGUGAACAUCACAGAGUAUUCUGCCAUAUAAGAGAGAUUCCAGUCUUCAGUUAUUAUUUGCACAUUAUUCAGUUAUACAUCAUUACACUGUAAUCAGCACAAACUGGGCUACGAUAAUAUGUGAGCUGCAUGAAAGUACAUGUUUGUGUUUUUGAGAAAACAACGUUUAUGUGUGGUUAGUGAAAACUAAAAAUUUUAAAUCACUGAAAUAAGGCCAUAAAACACAUACAGAACAUUUGUUCACAAGACUUUUGAGAACUGGAUCUUGGUAGACUACAGUUUUUGCUACAAAAUGAUAUAGAACAUAUUUAUAGAACAUUAAAAAAAAACAUCCUGGCGUUGUGAGACAUUUAAAUUCAAUGAAAUGACACAUAUUUUAAAAUGUUUCACUUGAUUUCAUACAUCCCAACAAACACAGAACAUUCCCCUAACGUUCCCGUUCUGGGAACGUUCCCUGUAGGUUAUUUUUAGAUUUUAUUUUUAUAAACAUAAACCAAUUAAAACGUUGCAAAUGUUUUGUGCUUACAGCGGAUAGUGAUAAUUAAAAUGCUUAAUUACAUGACCAUUAUCAGGCAGUAGAGGGCGCUCAUUGAUUGGUAAGGUUUUUUUUUUUUUUUGUUUUAGUUAAUUAAAUAUUUAAGUGCAGCCUCUUUUCUAUUUUUUUUAUGUACUUUUGAAAACAAGAACUCUAAAUAAUUUAAUAAAUAUAGAUAGCUUAUGGCAAAGAUCCCUUUCAAAACCUAGUAGCCAAGUAGCUUGGUUUACAACCCAUAUUUCCUUGGAAAUGUUCAUUUUGUUAUAUCUCUUCCACAAACACCUUCUGCUCAGUGAUGUAGAUUGCACUUCUUUGUCAGGUAUCCUUUUUAUCUGUUGUGCACACACUUGUGAACAAGCCUUUGUUGGAAUGUCACUGAUUAUGUACAUACCCCAAUCAACUGUGCCACCCAUUCACCUUCCACUCAUCUGUGUCUUUCCUGAAACUUGGUCUUUCCAAAUCAGCUAAAUGUGGAAACCUUUAACAGAUCACCACCUGCAAAAAUAAUAAUAGGAGAUUAAUUAAUAAUAAUAAUAAUAAUAUACAGGUAAACAAAAGGGUUUCAAUAGUACUCGAAUCCUCGUAAAUAUACAUAACAAGGGCAUAAAAGAAUGAAAAAUUAAAAAUAAAUAAAUAAAUAAAAAAAACAUUCCUUGACACAUCUGUGUGCUUCACUAUCUCUACUUCUACUGCUUACCUGAACAGGAACAAAAAUGCUUGAAGUGUCACAAACCUCCCUAUUUCAGCAGUGGUUAGUUCUCACCGCAGUUGUAAAAAGUACGGAAAAGGGGGGAGUGGAGGGGAAAAGAGGGAGGAAGCAUGUAUAUUUCAAAUAUCAUCAUACUGGUGCAUAGCUGAAACAAUUGCAAAUGUUCUCUUUCUCUCUUUUUCUCUUACCGUUUCUCACUUCUACUCACACAGAAUACAAAUGAUGACUGGUAGACAAAGCUCUAAAUUUGCAUGGUUUUCUCUGAAUAACCAAAUCCUAUAUGACAUUAUUUGCACAAAAUAAAAGUAAAUGGUUGUUAAGAUCAUAAUAUUGAUUGUUUGGUGCCGAUAGCCUCAUGAGAAGCACAAGAAGAAAAAAAAAAAACAGCAUAAAAAGCCCCACACUCACUAAGUUUACAUGGACAUCAAUACUCUGAUUUUAAUACGAUUAAGACAAUACUCUUGUAGCGCCCCCUCCCUUUCUAAAUUAGAAAUCUGAGAGGAGCAGCACCAGGUUCAGAAACUAAAUGCCUUAUGUUGUUGGAUUAAGGCCCCCCUCUCUGAAUACAUACUCUUUCCCUUACUAUACGUGUGGUUUGAAUAAAGGUCUCUUUAACUUACAUUUGUGUCUGGGCUCUACUUCAAUGAGAUGUACCCAACAAACACAGAACGUUCCCCUAAUGUUCCCCUAUGGUUCCCUUUUGGUUAUUUUUUUGGGAACCAAAUAAGAACGUUCCCAGAACGUUCCCUGUAGGUUAUUUUUUUAGGUUUUAUUUUUAUAAUAUGUAAACCAAUUAAAACGUUGCAAAUGUUUUGUGUGCUUUAACAGCAGUGAUCAAACGCUUAAUUACAUGACCAUUAUCAGGCAGUAGAGGGCGCUCAUUGAUUGGCAAAGUUUUUUUUUAAGUUAAUAUUUGUGCAGCUUGUUUUCUAUUUUUUAUUUACUUUUGAGAACUAUAAAUGAAUAUAGAUUAUUAAAAAGAUCCCUUUCAAAACCUG